AUGGCGCAGGUGCUGCAGAUGCAAGCCGCCCCCGAGCUGGCCAAGCCGCAAUUCGACCCGACCAUGGACGCGGCCACCGACCGCGAGCCGCCCACACCCGCCUCGCCCGACAGCGGCGAGGGCCGCGGGCGCCGCCGCGAGCGCGAGGACUCGGGCGACGACGGCGCUGACGGCGAGCUGGGAGGCUCGAGGAAGCGCCGGCGCAGCAGGAAGGGGCUCGACAAGAAGUUCGAGUGCCCGCACGGCGACUGCGGGAAGAGCUAUUCGCGCGCCGAGCAUCUGUACCGCCACCAGCUGAACCACAACCCCAAGCAGAUCUACAACUGCGACUUUCCCGACUGCCACAGGUCGUUUGUCCGCCAGGACCUCUGCGCCCGCCACAAGGAACGGCACACGGCGCGCGGCAGCCAGCUCCUGCGCAAAGACACCUUCAACAUGCACAACCUGAACCCAAUUGUCACCGCGGCACUCGGCACGAAGAGCACCCCGGGCGUCAAGCCCCUCGGCGCAAAAGGCCAGAGCCAGCUCCAGUCGCCGCCAUCCGCCGUGUCGAGCGUUGCGACGGGAAGCCACAUGUCGCCUCCCUUCCAUUCGCCCGCCCCGGCCAGGCAGGACUCGCUGAACCGGAUAGGGAGUGUAGGGAGUGAAGACGCAUACCGCAGUGGCCCUGACACUAAGCCCUAUGACAUGCAGGCCCAGGGUUCUGGUAACUUUGCACCACCACCACGCCCGGCCGCAUUGAGUAACUACAGUGGGGGUCGGAACUCGAUCCACAGCUCCCCACAUGUGGGUAACAGCUACCAACGGCCCGAGCUGCGCGCAUCAACGUCAAACAUGUCCUCGUAUAGCACCACUGGUUCAUCAUACAGCGCGUCGGUCACGCCUACCCAGUCUUACACGCCGACGGCCGCGUCAACGUCGUAUCAGAAUAGCUCAAGUGGGUUCCAGUCCCAGCAAAACUUUCCUGCGUUCUCUUCCUUACCUCCGCCAGAAUACCCCCAGCCAACAGGCACUCCUGCAACCCAAGGGCCGGACACUCAGUACUACAAUGGCACUUCGGGACAAACGCCGAUGAAUGGUGUCGAGCCGACCACGCAGCUAGUGAAUGGCGUUACAGAUGCAAUGAUGGACCAGACGCCAUCAUAUGCGAUACCCAUGUUUGGUGGCGAGGGCUACAGCCGAUCUCCAUUCGCCAUGGCAGACGACUUCGCCGCGUGGCUGUUCAACGACAACCAAACUAUAUCUGGCAGCGGCUCGCCGAUGGCCUAUCAGGGCGGGGUAGUACCUACAGGUGGAACUCAGAGUUCGAUAGGGCCUCUACAAGCGCCGUACUUCAACUACGACCCAGGAGUCGCCGGGUACAUGCAACAUCAGCCUCCCCCGGCCAACCCAAUGGCCGUGCAUGCCAUGCUCGACACUUCUCUCCCGGAGAUCGCACUGUCCGAGGAGAAGCGAAGAGACCUGAUCGAUCUCAUCAUCGGACGCUUUAACGAGACGGACCAUGCGCCCGUCAAGAAGCAGAAGGAAGACAUCCUUGAGGGCAACAAAGACGACGACCACCACGUUCUCAGCCUGCACAUGAUGCAGACGUACAUUAGCUCUUACUGGAGACACUUCCACCCCCAACUGCCCAUCUUGCACAAGCCCACGUUCAACGCGAGCACAUGUCCUGAUCUUCUUCUGCUGGCCAUUAUGUGUCUCGGCGCAUCGUGUCUGGAGAAGACGUACGGGCACGAGACGACAUCCGCGUGCGCCAGCCUAGCAAACUUCAUGGCGUGGCACCUGCGGUGGGAGAUGUUUAUGGAUGCCGACUUCCGUCCGCCUGCUAAGCUCUGGAUCUUCCAAGGCCUGCUCUUGCUCGAGUCUUUUGAGAAGAUGUACUCCACGCGUCCCCUGCACGAGCGAGCGCACAUCCACCACGCAACAACACUGACGUUGAUGAGGAGAGGCAGCUCUCUGAUUGGGAGAUCGGCAAUGGACUCGCCGCCGAGCAACAAGGAUGGCAGGAGCAGCUCACAGGGCGGUAUUGACACGCCAGAGGAAUGGUGGAAACACUGGAUCACCAAUGAGGCCACGAGAAGAGCGGCGUUUGCGGCGUUCCUAAUGGACAGCAUACACGCUACGAUGUUUGGCCACAGCGCAGUGAUGGUUGCUCACGAAAUGCGCCUACCAUUGCCCUGCGACGAGGCUCUGUGGUCCGCAACAAGCAGCAGUGAAGUCGGCCGCGUCGAGGCAAGCUUGCACUCAAAUGGCGUCAAGCCGACGUCGUUCCUAGACGGUCUCAAGAAGACGCUCAACGGCCAGACCGUACGAACGAACUCGUUUGGCCGCACAAUCCUAAUGGCCGGCCUGCUCAGCGUCUCAUGGCACAUGAACCAGCGUGACCUCCAAGUCAGCUCCCUCGGCGUGACCCAAGCCCUCGGUGGCCGCGACAAAUGGCGCGGCUCCCUCACCCGCGCCUUCGACUUCUGGAAGCAAGACUUCGACUCCUCGCUCGCCCGGCCCAGCGACCUCGCCGCGCCAAACGCCUACGCCUACUCCAACGGCCUUGACGACGAAAACGUCUUCGAAGCCCGCACCGUCCUCCACCACCUCGCCCACAUGGCCAUGCACGUCGACAUUGUCGACUGCCAAAUCUACGCCGGCGCGCCCCGCCUCCUCGGCCGCUCCAUCACCCACCAGGACUACAACGGCGCCCAACGCCGCAUGAAAGACGUCUGGGCCCCAACCGCGCGCGCCCGCGACGCCACCUUCUACGCCCUGCGCUUCCUCUCCAACGUCCUCGUCUCCGGGCACCACAGCCUGACCGCCUCGGCCGGCACCUCGGUCGCCUACACGGCGCGCGACGACGUGCUGCUCAACCGCCCGUGGGUGCUGUACUUCGCCACGCUGAUCGUGUGGUCGUACGGCUUCGCGCUCGACGGCCCCAUCCAGCAGCCGUACUCGCAGCGCACGUACGACGAGAAGGUGCGCGACAUGACGGGCUACCUCAAGCGCGUCGGCGGCGUCCGGGCCCCCGACGAUCUGGCCAAGCUCGCAGAUCGCAAUGCGUGUCUCGGCUUGCUGCUGGUCAUGCGCGAUAUGUUCAAGAAGACGCGCUGGGAGCUGCUGCAUGAGGCGAGCACGCUGCUGACCAAGUGCGUUGAGAUGCUUGUCCCUGGGGCGGGCGCGCUGUGA